UUAUAAUUAAAAAAUUUAAAAAGGAAUCAUACGUUUUAGCACACACAUUAAAAAACGCAAAAAUGAAACGAAUCAUUCGUUCCUUACACAAUACUGCAAAAUCCCCAAUUAUAAAACCCUAACCCUAACCCUAGCCCUGUAUGAACUUUCAAAAUUCUCUCAAAUGGACAACCAAUCAAUCAACAAUCACGACGUAAUCAAGCUACCUGAAUCCGAAUUCCAUGACGCCGACAACGAUUUCCCGUUUUCCGACGCCUCAAAUUCCUUCGAUUCCGAUUCCGGCGAUGAUUCCACCGUUUCCGUCAUAUCAGACCACUCACCGGACUCUCCAUCAUCUCCUUCGUCUGCCGGACUCCGUAACCGGCGCCGGAGCUCCAAAGACUCCACUCAAUCUCAGUUUUUCAUCAACAAUCCAGAUGGACUGAGAGAUUUUAACCCUGCAGUAAAAUCAAACGGUAAAUUGAAGUCAAAUAAAGUCAACGGUGAAACCGAUGACAGCUCUGCGGUAACUAGUGAGCGAAUUAGCGACGGAGAAGAAGAGUCCGUGAAUUCGCCGUCGAAUUUACUAUAUAUAUUAGUUGAAUUGUUAUUUAGAGUAAUUGGUUAUCAAACAAAGUUUUUAGCUAGUUCUGUUACAUUUCCUGUAUUGUUGAUGCGUUUUUCGUACUUGUUAGUGACCGAACCGAAUGGCAUUAUUAAGCUUGGGAGGGAUUAUAUAUUUGGGAAUGUGUAUGAUAUAUGGGGGAUUUGUUGUAGUUUUUUUAAGUUGGUUAGGUAUAUAUAUGAUGGAAAUCAUGAGGCUGCUUGGAAAUUGUGUUUUCGGGUCGGGAAGGGGUUGUUGUGGUUGUUUUACUGUGGUGUUGUUUGUGUUGCUUUAAUUAUUCCGGCUUUCCUUGUUAGUGGAAUGGUGACGAAAUGGGUUGUAGAGGAGCCGUUGCAGGUAACGGAACAGUUGACGUUCGAUUAUACUAGGGAUACUCCCAUGGCUUUUGUGCCUAUUGUUUCUUGUUCGGAGUCGUUGUCUUUGGAACAUGGGAAAGUGAGUAAUGUUGGGAAAUUCUUCGAGCCACAGGUAGUUCCUUUUGGUCAUGAACUGCAGGCGACUGUUUUUUUAACGCUGCCAGAGUCGGACUACAACAGAAAUCUUGGGAUUUUUCAGGUGAGGGUAGAUUUCCUAUCUGAUGCCGGUAAACUUCUAGCAAGUAUAAGGCAACCCUGUAUGUUGCAAUUCAAAAGUCAGACUAUCCACCUUUUGUCAACUUUUCUUAAGUUGGCUUCUCUUCUCACCGGAUAUUCAUCUGAAACACAAACUUUGGACAUAAGGUUUAGUGGGUAUUCGGAAAAAGAUGUCCAUACUUCCUGCACAAGGGUUGUGAUUGAACAACGAGCAGAAUUUGCAAGAGGGGGUGGUGUUCCUGAAAUAUACUCUGCAUCUCUGAAACUAGAGUCUCAACUUCCAUUCCUGAAGAGGAUGAUGUGGUAUUCUAAGGGCUUGAUAUACACUUGGAUUGCUUUUAUGAUAUUUAUGAUGGAGCUGCUGUUGACACUACUAUGUUGUAUACCCAUCAUAUUUCCACGCGUUCGGCAUAUGGGCAGUUCUUUAAAUAACAAUGCAUCCCGCAAUACCUCCUUCUGAUUGAAGCUGCCGAUAUGAUCAUAUCUUUUCCUGGUACGCAACUGUACUUUUACUCUCCUUCAGUCCUUUGUGUGUCUGGAUGAUAAAAUGAAUGGAAUAAGUAAAAGCUGUCAAGAGCAAAUAUUUAUUGCUUCUAAGCUUUUUUCGUGAUUCAUGUUUAUCAUUUUUGUGGGGGCUAGUUUAUAAAUUUUACCUUUUCAACUUUUAUUGUGUGUAAGCUGAUUUGUAUAUUGUUGGUUCAGAUACUGAAAUCAAUAUCAAUGUAAAAAAUAGGUCUUUGUGGUUACAUUUUGUAUUUUUUCACAGACCUAUUAUGUUCUGAA